AUGACAACAUCAGUGGAUGAUAGGCUAGAGGAGGAGGAGGAGGAGGAGGAGGAGGAGGAGGAGGAGGAGGAGGAGGAGGAGGAGGAGGAGGAGGAGGAGGAGGAAGACGAGGACGAGGAGGAGGAGGGCGGGCAGGAGGAUGAGGAAGUGCAGGCGGUCCUGGAUCGCUUGAAGAAGGUGGAGAAGGAGAACAUAAUGCUGAAGGAGGAGAAGGCGGUUUUAGAGAGGAGGCUGGACGCCGAGCAGGCCCGCAUGGACAAGCUAGUGCCCGUGAUGAAUAUGGCCGUCGAUAAGCUCUCGACGGUUAGCGAGCGCGUGUCCACCCUCGAGGUGUCGGCGGAGGCGAAUGUCAAAGGAGCCGUCAAGUCUCUCACGGUAAUCACGUAG